AAAUCUGAAAGUGGGCCCCCACUCCACUACUUCGCUAUAAAUCCUCUAAUGUCGUUCCUUUUCCUUAUUUUCACUUCAGCAUUAGCUUCACUCCAUCUUUCAACUUUUACACUUUCUCCAACUAAUUCACCACACAAAGGAGCCAUUUUACUGUGAAGUUUAUUGCAAAGUUACAAAUCAAGAACCGAUAUUCAAGAAAGAAAUUCUUAUCCUUUUUCAUAGAUUGAAAGUACAAGAACGAGAAUGGUAGACGUGGAUAGGAGGAUGACCGGUUUAAAUCCGGCUCACAUGGCCGGCCUACGCCGCCUUUCCGCCAGAGCUGCCGCCUCCGCUCCCUCCACGCCACUGCCGCCGCGCAACAGUCUCCUAUCCUUCAGUUCCUUAGCAGAUAAAGUCAUCAGCCAUCUCAAGAAUUCGGGCAUCCAAGUCCGGCCGGGGCUAUCCGAAGCCGAAUUUGCUUUAGCGGAGGCAGAGUUUGGGUUCGCCUUCCCUCCGGACCUCAAAGCUGUGUUAUCGGCUGGUUUGCCUCUAGGACCUGGCUUCCCUGACUGGCGCUCGUCUGGUUCUGCUCGCCUGCAACUCCGCGCUUCCAUUGACCUACCAAUCGCCUCCAUCACCUUUCACAUAUCACGGAAUGCUUUGUGGUCCAAGUCCUGGGGUCCGCGCCCAUCCGAUCCGGAAAAAGCCCUUAAAAUAGCACGAAACGCACUCAAACGGGCCCCUCUUCUGAUACCCGUUUUCAACCAUUGUUACAUUCCUUGCAAUCCAUGUUUAGCUGGAAACCCCAUAUUCUAUGUCGACGAAAAUAUAAUUUUCUGUUGUGGGUUUGAUUUAUCUGACUUUUUCGACCGAGAAUCUUCACUGUUUCAAGGCCCAGAACCGAAUAUUCUCUCCAAGCAACGUUCAGUGAGUGAAAAAUCAGCAGGUUCAUCAACAAAUUUUUCAAGAAGAAGUCUAGAUACAGUUUUCGGCGGAAGAACUCCAAGAUGGGUGGAGUUCUGGAGCGACGCAGCCAUAGAUCGCCGUCGGAGGAACUCAAAUUCGUCAUCCUCGUCUUCAUCAUCACCCGAAAGGUACUUCGAAAUGCCAAGAUCGAAGAUCCCCAAUUGGGUUGAGGAAUAUGUGACUCAAAUUGGAUCAGUCCUCAAAGAAGGCGGGUGGGCUGAAUCAGACGUAUCAGAAAUUGUACACGUGCCAGCAUCCGGGUUCUUCGAAGGCGAGAUGGUGAUGUUGGAUAAUCAAGCGGUACUUGAUGCUAUGCUACUGAAAGCGGAUAAAUAUUCCGAAUUGCUUCAGAAAUCGGGGUGGAGCUCUGAAGAGAUUUCAGAUGCAUUAGGGUUUAAUUUCAGGCGAGAAAAGGAGAAGAAACCGAUAAAAAAGUUGUCACCGGAGUUGGUUCAAAGAAUCGGGAAACUGGCUGAGUCGGUCACCGCACGAUCAUCAUCAACGUCAUAGUUAACCGGCAAACAUUGAGAUUCUUUCCCUCUUUUAUUUUCGUGUUUGAUUCCUGCGUCUUCUGGGAAAGGAUAAAAUGGGAAAACACGUUUUUUGUUGUACUCUGAAAAGGGGAUGGUGUAGAAAACGUUAAGAAAGUUGAUUACUUUACAGCUAUACAUACAUAUAACCCUAUCAAAUUAGAAACUUAUACUAGUUUAAAUUAUUUGGGUAUUUGUUCAUUUUAACUUAUUUGUGUCCCUAAUUGUGUUUUUGGGUUUUUGACCAAGCCUAUUUGUUGAUAGAUAGCACAAAGUUAUUUGUUGAAUUUGAGAGUUAAAAAUCCUUUCUUGAUU